UUGAAAAAAAAAAAAGCUAAUCGUUGAAUUGUACGAUCAUCCAGUGGACAAUUAACAGCAAAAAAUUCGGCUGUCUUCUCUGUCGUUUACCGUUAAUCUGCUUCUUCUUCUUCUCUUCUCUCAAUUUCCGAACAUUUCUGCAGAACGGAGGAGAGUAGUUGUUUGGUUUUUGUGAAGCGGUUUGAGUGUAGACAGUAAGGCAAAAGGAUCAAGGUUCUUGUACCGGAUUCUGAUUCCUGAGUUUUUCAGAUGAAGAAACAUCGGAAUGGGGAAAUCUCGGAAUUCGACCGGGAAAUGUCCGGCGGAACAGCAGGAGGAGGAGCAGUUGGAGACGUGAUUCUUGGAAUUGAUGGAGGAACAACCUCCACUGUCUGUGUUUGUGUUCCUUUUCUGCAACCUCAGUCUCUUCAUCUUCCUGAUCCUCUUCCUAUUCUUGCUCGAGUCGAAGCCGGCUGCUCCAACCAUAACAGUGUUGGCGAAACUGCUGCAAGGGAAACAUUGGAGCAAGUUAUGGCUGAGGCUCUUUCAAAAUCAGGUUCAGAUCGGUCUGCAGUUCGAGCUAUUUGUUUAUCUGUUUCUGGUGUAAACCAUCCAACGGAUCAGCAAAGGAUUUUGAAUUGGUUCAGAGAUAUAUUUCCUAGCCAUGUCAAACUCUAUGUUCGAAAUGAUGCUGCUGCUGCUCUGGCAAGUGGUACCAUGGGAAGGCUUAGUGGUUGUGUUCUAAUUGCUGGCACUGGAAGUAUUGCUUAUGGAUUUACGGAUGAUGGAAGAGAAGCUCGAGCAGCUGGUGCAGGACCAAUCUUAGGCGACUGGGGAAGUGGGUACGGCAUAUCAGCACAGGCUUUAACCGCAAUUAUAAGAGCGCAUGAUGGCCGUGGUCCCCAAACAAAGCUCACAAAUAACAUUCUUAGGACUCUUGGUCUUUCUUCUGCUGAUGAACUCAUUGGGUGGACCUACGCAGAUCAAUCUUGGGCUCGCAUUGCUGCACUUGUUCCUGCUGUUGUGUCAUGUGCAGAAGCAGGGGAUGAAGUUGCAAACAAAAUCUUGCAAGAUUCAGUUAAGGAAUUGGCUCUAAGCGUGACUGCUGUUGUUCAAAGACUUGGAUUGUGUGGUUCAGAUGGAAAGGGUUCUUUUCCUCUUGUCAUGGUUGGCGGAGUUCUUGAAGGAAAUAAGGGAUGGGGUAUAGCGCAAGAAGUUAUAAACUGCAUCUCCAAGGACUACCCUGGGGUAGUUCCCAUUUGGCCUAAGGUGGAGCCUGCAAUUGGGGCUGCAUUGUUAGCCUGGAAUUUCUUGAAAGAUUCCCAACAAGAAUAAAGCUUAUAAAUUGACUGACAAAUAUUCUUAAGUUGUCAAGAGUUGUACAGAAGCAAAAUUGAAAACGAUGACCCCGGAAUUCUGAAGGGGAAGGAGAAAAAAAAGUCCUGUGAGUGAGCUAUAUCAGAUCUUGGUAUAAUUAUAGGCAAUUUGCUAACCUAGUUUGUGUCCUUUUUUUUUUCUUUUUUUUUUUUUUUAAUUUUUCAUUGGAUGAUUGAAAAGAGAAAUGCUUUAUCAGCUUCUUGAUAGAGGAUGUGUUCAAAGUGAUGCCAACAUUAAUGCAUGAUUUUAGUGCA